CAGACAAGCACAAAGCAGGCAAGUACAAAGUGGGCAAACACAAAGCGGGCAAGCACAAAGCAGGCAAGCACAAGAUUGGCAAGCACAAGGCGGGCAAGCGCAUGGUGAGCAAGCACAAGGUGGGCAAGUGCAUGGUAGGCAAGCACAAAGCAGACAAGCACAUGGUGGGCAAGCACAAAGCAGGCAAGCACAAGGUGGACAAGUAAAUAGCAGGCAAGAACAAGGUGGGCAAGUGAAUG